AUGUCUAAGAGUGGUGACCAUCACACGGUCCCAUUGUCGGUGUUGUUAAAGCGGGAGUUGGCCAAUGAGAAGAUCGAGAGGCCCGAAAUUUUGCACGGCCAGGCCAGUCAGAGCAAAAAGGGUGAAGAUUUUACGUUUGUCAAGACCGAAUGUCAACGGGUAUUGGGUGAUGGAGUCACAACAUUUUCUGUCUUCGCGUUGUUUGAUGGUCAUAAUGGGUCCGCAGCUGCUAUAUAUUCCAAAGAGAAUCUAUUGAACAAUGUAUUAAGUGCUAUUCCUCCGGAUCUUAACAGUGAUGAGUGGGUCUCGGCACUGCCUCGGGCUUUGGUGGCAGGGUUUGUGAAAACAGAUAAAGAUUUUCAGGAGAGAGCAAAAACUUCGGGAACAACUGUGACUUUUGUAAUAAUCGAAGGAUGGAUCAUAACAGUUGCAUCAGUUGGUGAUUCUCGUGCCGUGCUUGAGUCUGCUGAGGGGGGUAUAUAUUACCUGUCAGCAGAUCAUAGACUUGAAUGCAGUGAAGAAGAGCGUGAAAGAAUAACUGCUAGCGGUGGUGAGGUUGGUCGGCUCAACACUGGUGGUGGCACUGAGCUAUCAUCCACUGGUGGCAGACUAAUAAUCUCAAGUGACGGUGUUUGGGACGCUUUAUCUGCCGAAACAGCUUUCGAGUGCUGUCGAGGAAUGCCAGCAGAUGCUGCAGCUUCUGAGAUUGUCAAAGAAGCUGUGCAGGUAAAAGGUCUUCGAGAUGACACAACGUGUAUUGUUGUGGAUAUACAGCCACCUGAAAAGCCGGACCCUCAAAAACCACCACCACCUCUCAAAAAACAAGGAAAGCGAGUCUUUAAGGCCAUGUUUCGUAAAAAGAACUCGGAAUCAUCUUCUCAGGUUGACAAGGAAGAGUAUAGUGAACCUGAUUUGGUGGAGGAACUCUUUGAGGAAGGCUCGGCUUCUCUUUCAGAAAGGCUGGAUGCGAAGUACCCGGUGUGCAACAUGUUUAAACUGUUCAUGUGCGCAGUUUGCCAAGUGGAAAUAAAACCCGGAGAAGGAAUCUCGAUACAUGCGGGCACUGCAGACCCUAGAAAAUUGCGUCCUUGGGAUGGUCCUUUCCUCUGCUCGAGCUGCCAAGAGAAAAGAGAAGCCAUGGAAGGAAAAAGACCUUCUGGAGCUGGUAGAUAUAAUAGUGACAGUGACUAA